AAAAGAGGUCUUAUUUUUGUACAUUUCCUACGUUUUUUUUCAUUUCCCACAAAAAGACGAUGAGCUUAUUCGCUUUAUUUCUUGACGGUAGUGGGUUGCACACAGCAGCGCACUUGAGCUGUGUUAUUCUGCCUUUAUGAAACGAAUAGCCAUAAAGUACACUGACUGGCAGUGUGUGUUCUAAUACUGUCUAGUGUUUCGUUUUUGAUUCCUUCUUGCCUGACGCCUUUCUUCGGGAAAGGAUGGCCGGAAUGAAAAGAAUACAGAAAUGCACCAACGUUAUUGAACAGUAAAUGGGAAACUAAAAACUCAUGUUCCUGAAAAAAAAAACCUCUAAUAUUUAGAUUAGGUUUUCAAGACUUCCCUAAAUUAUAUGCAUGAGAAUCAUUUACCUGUUUUCAUUCCUGUAAAUUCAUUCAAUACAUUCAUGCAAACAAUAGCAUGCGGAUGUUCUUAAACCUAGGCAACAUGUAGAUUGCUUAAUUUAACAAUAUUCUCUCGUUGGAGAAGGACCAGCCAUGAGCUGAAUCUCCUUCAUAAAGCUAACUCAAGUCGGACUCGAUUAUCUGGGAUAAUCGAGCCAUUUUGUACUCUUAUUUCCUUUGCUUUUGUGUGUUAUGGCUGUUGAUGUUUCUUCUAAGGAUUCCUGUAGCAUUUCAACCUGGAGAUUUAUCAAGAUAUUCGAUCUGUGAAUUAUUUCAGGAAUACCAUCUGUGCAUUCUCCAAAAAUGCCUUCCACUAUUUUCUGGUUAGUCUUUAGGAACAUUUCAACUAAUACCGUGGGGUGCCCUAAUUUCGCGCGGGCCCAAAUUUCGUGAAUUUCUGACAUCUGAGAGCAUUAUUAUUUAAUUAACAGCGGAAUCAUCCAAAAUUUGCCAGAACCUCAAAACUGCAUUUGAUCUCAAUACAAUUCACAAAAAAAAAAUAAAUGAAAAAAUUGAUUUAUGUCAAAGAUUGAAAAAUAAAUUGCAAAUAUAUGCAAAUAGCAGAUGCCAUAUUCAGAGAUACGAGAAAAUCAACAUUCACAGAAGAGAACAAGUAUUUCGAUCUCUAGCAAAAUUAAAUAUUCCAAUUUAUGUUUAAUUAUUUCAAUUCAAUAUGUUUCAUUAUCAUACGCAAUAAAGUUACGUAAAAAUGUUUUUUUCUUCUUUUAUUUCAACAUUUAUGUUGUUGGCGAAAUUAGGAACCCACAAUUUGUAUGGGUCUCUAAUUUCGUGCACUCUUUUUUAUAACAUUGUUCGGUUAUUAGUCAUAGACUAUGACUCAUAGUUCUGAUAACUAUUUAGAUUGGUUUAAAAUUAACUAGGAACUGCUCAUAAACUACGUAAAAAGUAAAAAAUAAAUAAACAAAUGUGGGAACAGUAAGUAAGCUCGGGAUGAUUUUAUUUACCCCAACAUUGGGAGCAGUAGUUUACAGCCGCUAGUUUAAUUCAGGCAAAUUAUUGCCGUAUGCCUUAUUGCCAGAACACAAAUUCGGAAGACUACACUUUACUAGAACUAACCUCCCGAGGAAUGUGCCUAUUAAUGGCACAUAAUAGAAAGGUAAAAGGCUAAUGAAUUGAAUUCACAUUACUGACCAUCAGUAAAGUUAGUAAACAUUUGAUUCAAAUAGCAAACAAUACAUUGUUUAAUUAAGAUGUCAAUUAAAGAGCAAAACAAACGUCAAAAAUAAUAAUCCUUAAAACUACAGAAGGAUUUUUGGAAAUCUUAAUGUAAACAUCCGGGACGAACGCACCGUCUAAAUCAAAACUACUGCAUUGCUGUCACCAACGCCACCGGAAACGAGGACGAGCAAUUCAAAUCAACAAUACCCCCAUUCCAGUUGUUCGAAAAAUGAAAAUACUCGGAAUUUUGGUAGAUUCAAAUCUCAAUUUUAAGCAACAUUUGAUGUCUGUCAAGAACAGUUGUAGCAAACGGAUCAACAUCCUGCGCAUUCUAGGAUGUCGAUUGAAGAGAAGUAGUAGAUCCGUGCUACUCAAGGCAGGAUCAGCGCUCAUCACAUCAAAGUUGUUUUAUGGCCUAGUGCUCACCAGCACUAACAUCGACGACAUGGUACGGCUACUAUGUCCAACAUAUAACGAAGUAGUGCGACAGUCUUCCGGAGCCUUUGUAUCUAGCCCCAUUCCGUCCAUCAUGACGAAAGCUAGAUGCCUACCAUUCCGUGUAGCAUUAGUGCAACGACUAGCGCAGCUAGCAGUUCGACUUCUGGAGAAAACGCCAGCAGCAAUCAACUAUCCUGUGGUAUCCCGAGCCAACCAUUAUUUCCAGCAAAUCACAGGUUGCACUUUGCCGAAGGUUUGCCACACCCUCCGAAACUCUGAUCGAGAAUGGUUCAACCAUCCCCCAUACAUCGACAACCACUUCAGGAAACGUAUCAAAGCCGGUUCUAACGAAAGUGUCGUAUUACCCACGUUCCAGGAGCAUAUCACGAAUCAUUACCAACAUGAAAAAUACUACACCGACGGCUCCAAAGAUAUUGGCUUCACUGGAGUAGAGGUAGUCAUGGGAGAUGAAGAAGAAAGCUACGCUCUACCAGAAAUCUGUAGUGUUUUCUCGGCAGAAGCACAUGGUCCUCUUACUGCAGUACUCAAAGCAAGCUCCCAAGAGAAUACAAUCAUUUUUACCGACUCUGCUAGUUGCCUAGACGCCAUUCAAGGCGAUCGAUCUAAGCAUCCAUGGAUCCUGUUGGGUUGUGGAUCUUCGAUACCAGUGGCGUGUAGUUUGGUGAUCGCUCCCAACACGAACCGUGAUGUUCCAGCAUGAGUAGGCCCGAUAAAGGGGGGGGGGAUUCAAUAGCACCUACUGUUGAUCCGAGGUUGACUAGGAGGAACCCACAUACUUGACGGAAAUCCUUUCUAACCGUCCAUUAAAUGCACACGCGAAAUUUAUCAUAAACUACCGAAUAUAUUUACUCUAAGGACUAUACAUUUAUUUACAGGAGUACAAUUAACAUAUUAAAAUGACUGCUGGGGCAAACCCAGCAGCGGUUGCCGUCCGAUACUAUACUGACUAGAAGUGAUAAUAAUAAUUAGCCUACAGCCUAUGCAACACGUCGUCGAUGGUCGUUGUCGGUUGCCGUAGAUUAACGAAGCGAAUUUCUCUAAACCCGAUACCUGUCGCAGUGGUGAUAGAUGAUAUGAAGUGCGCGUGGAUCAGUCCGAAUUGAAUUGCAAUGAUGAUUCCAAAAUGAACAGCAGUAUAGCUAGGAUGGGCACUGCUAGUCCCGAACAGAUCCAAUGCAUAGAAAAUACUUUGCGCGAAAAGGGCAUAUCUCUGUGUUGGAUCCCAGGCCAUUGCGGAAACGAACGAGCAGACACCCUAGCGAAGCAAGCUAGACAUAAGCAGAAAAUGGACAUCUCAUCGCCGGCACAAGACGUUAUCAAAGCUACCAGGCGAAGCAUUUGGACUGCAUGGGAGUCUGAAUGGCACCAAACCCAUUCACAUCUGAGACAGAUCAAAGAUUCACCUACAAAGUAUCCAGAUCGCAAAUGUGCUUCCGAACAACGCAUUUUGACACGACUUCGAAUAGGGCAUACCCGCAUGACACACUCGCACCUAAUCGACGGAAAUUCUCCACCAAUAUGUAGCUGUUGCGGGACACACCUAACUGUCCAACAUAUUUUGACCGACUGCAGGAAAUAUGCCCAACAACGGAUCGACUGUGGGAUCAACGGCUCCAUAAACGAAAUCCUAGCAUACAACGCGCAACGCGAAGCAGCCAUCUUAAAGUUUACUAAACAUAGUAACAUUAAUAACGAAAUCUAAGUAAAAUCAAUGUAAAGUAAAAUAGUUAAUUCAGACACGAAUGCCACUUAAGUGGUAAAGUGUCUUUAAUAUAUAGUAAUAAUAAUAAUAAUAAUGUAAACUCCCGGGACGAACAUGGGAAACAGCAAAUAUUCACUCAUAUUUCUUCACAGACAUCGAUUUUAUCUACACGUUAUGGUUUCAUGGGUAGGGGUAGGCGGGGCAAUAUGGACACCCUAAGGUUUUUGCCAACUUUACCUGGCAAGAUGUCAAAAAAGCUUAGUUUUUUGAUACAUUUAUCCUUUUAAAGUCUAUUUAGCAUCUAUUGCAUAAGAAUGCUCACGAAGAAAAAUGAUUUAUCCACUUCAAAAAAUGUUAUGAAAAAUGUUAGUUUUUCAUGACCGUCUUCAAGCAUACGGGGCAGAAUGGACACCCCCAUGGGGCAAUAUGGACACCAUGAGACUUUUACGAAUUUCAUACAUUAUUUACACCUAUAAAGUCAUUUCAUUACAAAACAACUAUUAUAGAUGAAUAAUACGCCGAAGUAGUUAAUUUUUGCUCAGUUAAUUUAAAUGCAGGCUGUUUUGGAUAAAGCUUCGUUUUUGUCGACAUGUACAGCUGAGCCUAGAACAACUAUUUUCCACUGCUGUCGUUUUUUGGCCAAUUUGUUUCACCCUAUGUCUACUAUAGUGAACAUUUAACCGAAAAUAUACUGAAAUCGAAGAAUUUGGUUGGUUUGUGAUUUAGGUUAUAUUUUUCCCUUGCCGCUUCUUUCGAAAAGGUGAGUGUCCAUUUUGCCCCGGCAGCAGAAGAUAUUUCCAAACUUGUUUUAUGAUAUAAUAAAGAAGAAAAUAUAAACAUGUUAAGCAUGUAGAUACAGCAAAACUACUUGCAUGUGUUCUAGAAAUAUCAGGUUUUAAUCGACCUGCAAUAAAUUAAUCACUAAAUCUUAUUUUAGAUGGUGUGAAAAUUAUAAUUUCCAUGCACAAAAAACGGAGGACGCAACUUUUUCGUGUAAAAUCAAGUAUAAUUUUAAUUUCGAAUGCUUCUUUCCUGAAACUACGUUUUAGACAAAUGGACUAUAUUCUCCAUUCAUUAAAAGUUCAAAAAAGUUCGCAUAUUUCAAAAUAUUGAGGGUGUCCAUUCUGCCCCGGGUGUCCAUAAUGCCCCGCCUACCCCUAUUAUACGAGUAUGCUAAGUUUUGAAAAUUAACACAUUUCAAGCAUAAUUUUUCAAAUCGACGUAUCUAACUUUUUCACUGAUCUGAAUAAAUUCAUGGUCAAUGUUGACGACCAUUUCACUAAAAUAGUUUUAUUAUAAAAAGACUUUUCAUAAGUUUUUUCGUGCUUAACAUCACCAGGGAUAUAGCACGCACUAGGUAAGAAACAAAACCUACUCAUUCCAUAUCAUUUUCACAAUGAAUUUUGAUAAAAAUACACAUACACCGGGUUGGUUAGAGAUACGUCAUGCCAGAUACGUCGCUUUUGUAUGGUGCCAGUUUGGUGUAUCUGUUACUUUUGAUUUUGGCUAGAUACGUCGUUUGGUUUUCUCAUAUAUCAAAACGGUGUAGCUAUCAGUAAAGUUGUAAACAUCAAAAUAGUGAGAUACGUCGUUUCGAAUAAUAUGCUUAGUUAAAUAAAUGAAGCAAUAAAUCAUCAAACAGUUAUAUGGAUUCUUCAAUUUUCUUUAUGAAUCAUGCAUGCAGCAGUUAACCCGGAUUUGUUUACAUUCUCGAGUUACGUCGGAUUGAAAAGUUAUGCUUGAUUUAGGCGUUGGCCAAGGGCUGAUAGUCUCUUUAAUAAAGACAAAUUAAUCAAUCAACAUUUAGGCGAAUUCUACGUCUUUUAGAGUGAGCGAAAUUUGGACCCAUUUUGAACGAAAUCGGGCCCCCUUCCACGAAAUUUGGCACUUUCAAACAAAUCUAGCAUAACUUUUCAAUCCGACGUAACUCGAGAAUGUAAACAAAUCCGGGUUAACUGCUACAUGCAUGAUUCAUAAAGCAAAUUGAAGAAUCCACAUCAC